UUUAAGGAGUUUGAAGACUGAUAACUUCCUUGCAUCCUAAGAUACCGCUAAAAUCUGGGCCCCACAGUCCUUUCUUCAAGGAUAGAAAAAGGAUCAUUAUUAAGGACCUCUGUCAAGGCGACACUUCAGUAUGUCUAACAGAUCGAGGAGGAUGCUGGUUCUUCUGCUGAUCAUCUUGAAGGAAGCUGGCCCGACAGCAGCCUGCAACAGCGGCUGUUCAUCAUCCUGGUGUCUGUGCAGCAGCAGAGGUCUCGACAGUGUUCCUCAGGACCUGCCUACAACCAUCACUGGGCUUGUCUUGGAUAACAACAACAUCACAACCUUAAGUCAGUCUGAUUUCUCGAGGUAUAGGGGCUUGAGAACAUUAUAUCUUAGUUACAAUCAGAUCUCAAAGAUCCAAAAGACAACAUUCCACAACUUAACCAACCUGACUUACCUGGACCUUAAUGAUAAUCAUUUGACCAAACUAACAGUUGGAAUGUUUACGGGACUUGGUAAUCUGUGGAACUUGUAUCUUUCCAAUACCACGUUAACCAGUCUGCCAACUGGCAUCUUUCUGGGCCUUGGCAAUCUGCGGAGCUUGUAUCUUUCCAAUAACAAGUUAACCAGUCUACCAGAUGGCAUCUUUGUAGGUCUUGGUAAACUGUGGAACUUGAAUCUUUCCAAUAACAAGUUAACCAGUCUACCAGCUGAUAUAUUUCUGGGUCUUAGUAAUCUGCGGAACUUGUAUCUUUCCAAUAACGCGCUAGCUAGUUUGCAAGCUAACAUAUUUGGGGACUUGGUAGCCUGGAGACGUUGUUUCUUCCCAAUAACCAAUUAAGAAGUCUGUCAGCUGAUAUAUUUGUGGGAGUUCGUAACUUAGAUACCCUUGAUAUUGGCAAAAACGAUAUCCACAGUAUCGAGGUAGGCACCUUCAAUGAC